AUGAACACGUUGGAUGGCAAUUUUCUCAGAGAUCUAGCCAGAAUCAUGAGUGAAGAUCUGGUCGCUUCCACAUCUGUCCAGCUAUGCUAUGAGAACUUGAAUGGAUCCUGCAUCAGGAACCCUUACUCUCCGGUCCCUCGCCUCGUCCUCUAUGUAGUCUUUGGCUUUGGGGCUGUGCUGGCUGUGUGUGGAAACCUCCUGGUGAUGAUGUCCAUUCUUCAUUUCAGACAGCUACACUCUCCAGCCAACUUUCUGGUGGCAUCCCUGGCCUGUGCUGACUUCUUGGUGGGACUGACCGUGAUGCCCUUCAGCACAGUGAGGUCUGUGGAGAGCUGCUGGUACUUUGGGGACAGUUACUGUAAAUUCCAUUCUUGUUUUGAAGGGUCAUUCUGUUACUCUUCUAUCUUUCACUUGUGCUUCAUCUCUGUCGAUAGAUAUAUUGCUGUCAGUGACCCCCUGAUCUACCCCACCAGAUUCACUGCAUCUGUUUCUGGCAAGUGCAUCGCCUUCUCCUGGCUCCUGUCCAUCAUCUACAGCUUUUCUCUCUUUUACACAGGGGCAAAUGAAGCUGGGCUAGAGGAUCUAGUGACUGCCCUCACCUGUGUGGGAGGCUGUCAAAUUGCAGUGAAUCAAAGUUGGGUCUUCAUCAAUUUUCUACUAUUUUUCAUCCCCACACUUGUCAUGAUAACUGUCUACACUAAGAUUUUCUUCAUUGCUAAGCAACAGGCUCAGAGGAUUGAGAGAAUGAGUGACCAGACAGCCAAGGCAUCAGACAGCUACAAGGUCAGGGUGGCCAAGAGGGAGAGGAAAGCUGCCAAAACCCUGGGAAUUGCUGUGGCAGCCUUCCUCCUUUCCUGGCUGCCAUACUUCAUUGACUCCAUCAUUGAUGCCUUCCUGGGCUUCAUCACACCCACGUAUGUGUAUGAAAUACUAGUUUGGAUCGCCUACUACAACUCAGCCAUGAACCCCUUGAUUUAUGCUUUCUUUUAUCCUUGGUUUCGAAAAGCCAUCAGACUGAUUGUCACUGGCAGAGUCUUGAGGGAGAACUCCUCAGCUACCAACUUGUUUCCUGAGUAG